AUGAGUCAAGAAUAUUACCCACGGAAGGGCAAAGGCCCCAGCAGCGCGCGCGACGAUGACAAUGAACAAGCGGAACAACAUGACGCCACAGACUCAAACACCCCCAACGGAACGCCGGGUUACAUGCAGGUUGGCUCAGGCUCUACAUCGCAACAUGCUGCAAGAUUGCAAGAACUGCUAGAGCAGGAUUCAGGUUAUGGAGGCAGCAUCAUGGACGGCAGCUCUGGCUCCAAGAAGUUUUCCACUCUGGGCUCACCGCGCACCGAUCCCAGCUUUGGCGACAAUCCCAUUCUCGCCGCAACAGCAAACACCGAGACCGAUCGCCGCGCCCAGGAUGCGACAAUCCACCAGCUAUGGUACAACCAACAAAGACUCAAACUUGGCCGUUCCAUCAACAAGGUUGUCGAGCUCCUCAAGAGCUUGCAGGAUUUGAACGUCACUUGGCCUGCCCACUAUCCCUCCGUGCAAAGGGCCGAAAGCACUGUCCCUACGAGCGAACGAGACCGACGACCUUCUUCUUCCGGAAGACCCAACUUCCAUCACACACACUCCAUGUCUGGUGAGCCUUCGAGCUCUCGCGCUUUUCCGCCUCUGCGACGAUCUAUGACGAGUUUCAACGAACAUGACGCUGCCGAAUCAAGCAAAGAUGCCGAAUCAAAGAGCAUCGCAGAACCACGACUCGUAUCGCCUCAGAUUGCUCAAGAGUUUUCAAUCCUCAAGCUUGACCUCAAGUUGGGCGCACUGCACCAGACAGAAUUAGUCCACUCACUAGAGAAGGGAUCAAUCGCUGCUCUUCUCGAUGGAAAGAUUAGUUCAAGCAUCAAACACCUUCAGUCACUAAGAGAAAGAAUUGAUGAUACGUCCAGCAAGGUCUUGAUCACUGGAGAUUUGAAUGCUGGAAAAUCGACCUUCUGUAACGCGCUACUGCGCCGAAAGGUUCUACCUGAAGACCAGCAGCCCUGCACCAGCAUCUUUUGCGAGGUUCUUGACGCAGCGAGAGAGAAUGGUGGCGUCGAAGAAGUUCACGCGGUGCACAAGAAUGCCACUUACAAUCGCCAUGAUGAAUCAACUUACGACGUCUUCUCCCUUCAGCAGCUUGAGGACAUUGUUGUGGACAACACCAACUACAUGCUGUGCAAGGUCUACGUUCGGGAUGUGCGAACACUCGACGAAUCCCUUCUUACGAACGGAGUUGUGGAUAUUGCCUUGAUCGAUGCGCCUGGUCUCAAUUCAGACACGACCAAGACGACCGCUGUUUUUGCUCGCCAAGAAGAAAUUGACGUCGUUGUAUUCGUGGUAUCUGCCGCCAAUCACUUCACCAUGACAGCAAAGGAGUUCAUUUGGGCGGCAGCAGCCGAAAAGGCGUAUCUAUUCAUCGUGGUGAACGGAUUCGACGGUAUCAAAGCAAAGGAACGAUGCCAGAAGAUGAUUUUGGAUCAAGUCAACGGUCUCAGCCCCCGGACCUUCAAGGAGUCCUCGGAACUGGUACAUUUUGUUUCCAGCAACGCAGUCCCAACGGCGCCGCCGCCUGGCGGUCCUGGUGGUAGUGGUAGUGGGAGCUCAAGUGGAGGGGGAGGCGGCGACGACCCUGACAGCGAUCCAAAGGGCAAGGGCAAAGACAAGGAAAAGAUCGCCGACUUUGAAAAGCUUGAGCAGUCUCUGCGCAGGUUUGUUUUGGAAAAGCGAGCACGAUCCAAACUCGCACCCGCCAAGACAUACUUGACAAACAUUCUCAACGACGUCAAUGUGCUCGCUACUGUCAAUUCAGAAGUAGCCCAGGCUGAAUUGGACAGAGUGAUUCAUGAGCUCGAGGAAAUUGAACCUCAACUUGAUGCAUCGAGAAAAGCCAAAUUGGAGGUCAGCGAUGAGAUUGACAGGACCAUCGAAGAAACAUGCAAGGACAUUUAUGAUAAUACGAGGAACGCCCUGAACCGCGCUCUUGUCGAUGCCGGCGAAAGUAACCUUGGCGUUCCUUACUCUGGCAUUUUCAAUGCUUUCCAGUAUGCUGAAGAGCUCAAGGAAGCCAUGUUGUCCGAGAUUCAAGAAGCUGUCAGCAUGUGCGAAGAGCACGCCAGGACUAAGACCGUUGAUGGCGUUGAGACCAUCAAGCAAUUGGGCGUUCACCAUCUUGGUGACGAAUACCAUGACCUGAAUUUCCGCUCUGAUGUCAUGUUCCGACGCCGGCGCGAUGCUCUUGCGAAGCAAAUCGACAUUCCCACUGAAUUCACGGAUUUUGUUGAUUGGUCCACAUUGAUGCAGCGUCAAGAAAAGGUCGCUGGCACCGGAAUGGCCCUGACAGUGGCAACGGCUUUGGGAAGUCGAAUGAUCGGUGGUUCUAGUUGGUUGGAUCAUACUAUGAGUGCAGCAAGAGUCCUUGGUAAUGACAAUCUUCGCCGACUGAUUGUUCCUGGCCUGAUCGUAGCGAUUGUCGGAGCUGCCGCAUAUGUGCUACAGCAGAUUCCUCAAUCUUUGCCUCACCGACUGUCGAGCAAGAUUGCAGCACAAUUGGAGGCUAUUGAUUAUACGCACACCAACAGUGCUCGCAUUUCUAGCUCCGUCCGCAAGGUGCUUCGAUUCCCUGCCGACAACCUUCGCGUCGGUCUUCAGCGCUCGGUCGAACAGCUCGGCGCCCGACGGGAUGAAACCCUGAAGACGAAAGGUGAAAGUGAAGUUGCCCUCAAAUACUUCGGCAACCUCGUCCGCGAGAGCUCGGCACAACGAAGAGUAGUUGAGGAAGUUGACCUUGAGGCUCAUCCUCAGGGCCCGAUUCCUGGCAUGACAAUUUCCUAA